CCAUUGCAAUUUCAUCAAGAUCUUCUUCACGCACCCGGAGUGCCGCCAACAUUCAUUCCAAUCUAUCACAUCUUCACAGCUGCAACAAGAGAAACGCGUAAAACUAGAUCGACCCUCAACUACUACCUGACACGAGCGAGGUUAUCGUCGUCACCCCUUUCCUGUUUAUACUCUUCGCAUCUACGCGUGCGACCUCGAAAUACUCACCCCUCCUCCUGUAUACAUGUCCUCUUACCUUGCGCCCCGUGCGGUGGAGCAGGCCUCGUCACUCUUCGACUCUCUCACCCGGCGCCAUGUCAUCGAGGGAGGUUUCCUCAAGGGCUGGGAUGCCGAGAAGAACCACGACCUCAGGUUUUCCUUCGGCCUGACCGGCGUGGACCAGAUCGGUAACUACCUAUGGGUCGAUGUGUUGGUGUUUACAUUCAUUGCCAUCGGCGGCUUCACCCUCAUCCUCUUCCUUGUCAACAUCGUCUGGAGACAGAUGCGCCAUGUGACCACCAUGGGAAACCCUACUAGGCAGGAGUACUGGGAGGGAAACCGAACGAGGUGGUGGCCCUGGAUCAAUAGACACGUCCUCAUGGCUCCUUUGCACAAGAAGCGCCACAACCGUGGCUUCCAGAUUAGCUCCGCCAUCGACAACGGUACCCUGCCUGGCCGGUGGCACACCCUCAUCCUCACCGUCUACGUCGCAGCCAACAUCGCGUGGUGCUGCAUCCUUCCCUGGAACGAGGAGCGCGCGUCGGUCGUCGCGGCGCUGCGCGGUCGCUCUGGUACCCUCUCUGCGCUCAACAUGAUCCCCACCGUCCUCUUCGCGCUCCGCAACAACCCACUGAUCUCCAUCCUUCAAGUCUCGUACGACGACUUCAACCUUUUCCACCGCUGGGCCGCUCGCAUCACCAUCCUCGAGGCCAUCGUCCACACCGUCGCCUGGCUCGCCAACACCGCAGAGGGCGGCGGUUGGGUUUCCGUCGCCAAUGCCCUCCGCACCGAGUCCUCCUACACCUGGGGCAUGGUCGGCACCUGUGCCUUCACCCUGAUCGGCAUCCAGGCCGCCUCUCCUCUUCGCCAUGCCUUCUACGAGACGUUCCUCAACAUCCAUCGUCUCAUGGCGUGGGUCGCCUUCGUAGGCGUCUGGGUCCAUCUCCGCGACCACGGCCUUCCCCAGAUCCCAUGGAUGCAGCUCAUCUUCAUCCUCUACGGACUCGAGAUCUUCGCGCGCAUAGUCCGAGUGUGGUACAACUCUGUGCGCGUCAACGGCUUCUCCAGGGUCAAGGUUGAGGCCAUGCCCGGCGAGGCUGUUCGCGUCACCAUCGACUUGGUGCGUCCGUGGUAUGCCCGCCCCGGCUGCCAUGUGCACCUCUACAUCCCCACCAUGACUUGGCUCUCCUCCCACCCCUUCUCUGUCGCCUGGGCUCCGACCGCCGCCCUCGACUCUAAGGAGAUGACGCUGCCCACUCUGGAAGGCCAGAUCCUGUCGCCGCAUGCUCCCAAGAAGUCCAAUCAGAUCAGCCUCAUCUGCCGUGCCCGCACAGGCUUCACCCGCCAAAUGUUCGAUCGUGCCUCCGCCUCUCCCAACGAGACUUUCACCACCUGGGGUAUGCUCGAAGGCCCUUACGGCGGUCACCACUCUCUCGACUCGUACGGCACCGUGGUGUUGUUUGCUGGCGGUGUCGGCAUCACCCAUCAGGUCAUGUACAUCAAGCACCUCAUCGACGGCGCCCACCGUGGAACCACCUCGACCCAGAAGAUCGUCCUCAUCUGGACGGUGCCCAACUCCGAGUGCCUUGAAUGGAUUCGACCCUGGAUGGAUGAGAUCCUUCGCAUGCCUGGCCGCAAGAAGGUUCUUCGCGUCCUCCUCUUCAUUUCGCGUCCGAAGCGCGCGCUCGUCAACACCAGCGAGACCGUCAAGAUGCUCGAGGGCCGACCCAACCACGCCCAGCUCACCCGCGACGAGUUCCGAAAUCGCGUCGGUGCCAUGGCCGUCACAGUGUGUGCCGGUGGUGCCUUCGCUGACGAGGUCCGCGCUGCCGUGAGACCACUGGUCACCGAGGGAUCCAUCGAUUUCAUCGAAGAGGCUUUCACCUACUAGAAUUCCUCCUGUGGAGGCCCCCAAUCAACCCAUAGAUCUCUCGGCAUUUCCAACAUUUCUCUCUCCUAAUAUGUAUCGCGCGCAUCAUCCGUCCGACUACCUGCGAGGGGAGUCAGCGGCAUAGCAUUCCCCCCUUUUAUACUGCCCAUUCU